AAAAAAGUUGCCCGCAACGUUGAAUAACAAUGCUGAUGCUGUCGUUUGCAGAUCCUCCAUGGAUCACAUUACUACGAGAUAUUAUAUACUUGUCCAUUAUUGAAAGUGGAAUUACUGCUUCAGCUACUUUCGUCUUGAUAAUAUCAAAACCGCAUUGAAGAGAGCUUCGCAAUGGGGAAAUUACUGAGCGAAGAGGUCGUUGUCAGCGACGACUCCGACGAGUCGAUGGAAAGCGCACCUGAAGCAGAGACUACUGCAGCAGACCGCUCAAGUUCUGAUUCAGAAAGUGAUAGUGGAAGUUCAUCUGGAUCAGAGUCGGAGGAAGAUACCAAUGACAAACCAAGCAAUAUCAAACGCACAGCCAGGUCUACAGCAUUCGUGCCCCCAGCAGGCUUCAAAGCAUCCAAGUCCAAAACCCGCCCAACGUCAUCCGCGUCGUCUGCGCUUUCAAACCUCGAGGGGAAACAGAUCUUCCACAUCGCCGCACCAUCAUUCUUACCGCUUUCCAAAAUCCGAGAGAUCACCCUCGAAAAAGCAUUACACGGCGAACCUGUCCUGACUCAUCAGGGGGUAGACUACGGAAUCCCGGCCGAUGCGCAACAGAAGCAGGGUACACAAGCGCUGAUGGUUUACGACGAGAAGACAGAUGCAUACGUCAGGAAAGAUAUCAAGAAGAUACAAAGCUACACAUUCCAAGAACUGGUGCGGCUGCCAGGUCAGGACGCGCUGCAUGUACAAGCUCCACAGGACACGCAACGCCCAGCACGGCCACAACCGAAGCAUCUGAAAAUGCGGUUUCAUCCUGUAGGAAGCGGAAAUAUACCCGCCGAGACGGUUGGCUCGAGUUCCGAGUCAGAAGCGGAUGAGCCUGCGUUUCGGGUUCCGUCGGGGCAGCACAAGAGAAAAGCAGAGGGGGUGGAAGGAUCGGAGAAGAAGAAGACAAAGAAUAUUAUCACCUCGUCACAAGCUUCGUCUGGUGCCGGGGAAAGGGAACGUGGGGAUGCGAAGAAGAAGUCUUCCAAACACCGGAAUGAGACGAGUCAAGAACGGAGAGCAAGGAAAGAAGAUAGAAAGAAACGCAAGACUGAGAAGAAAUGAGGCGAAAAGUGAUUUUACAUUGCGGCGUUACUAUUUACCAUUUACCAUGUUUUGUUUGUACAGCAUUGAUCAAUCUGGGCUUGCAUUUUUUUUUCUAUUCGGGUAUAAAUGAGAUUGAUAGACAGUUCGCAUUUAGUGUCGUCACCUGA